AUGAGCUCAAUAGGAACAGGAUACGAUUUGAGUGCAUCGACAUACUCUCCAGAUGGACGAGUCUUUCAAGUCGAAUACGCAUUAAAAGCUGUAGAUAAUAGCGGAACGGCUAUUGGAUUACGAGUCAAGGAUGGUGUAGUUCUUGCUUGUGAGAAACUCAUACAUUCCAAAUUACUCGUGCCUGGUGUCAAUCAUCGUAUUGCUAGUGCUGAUACACAUAUUGGAAUUGCAUGUGCUGGAUUAUGGGCUGAUGGUCGAUCAAUAGCCAACAGGACACGAGAAGAAGCUGCGAACUAUCGUGAAAUGUACAAGGAAGCCAUUCCUGCAAAAGCUAUCGCAGACCGACUCGCACAAUACGUACAAGCAUACACUCUCUACUCGAGUGUUCGUCCAUAUGGUGUCUCGACCAUAUUGGGAGUCAUGGACAAGACUGGUCCACAAAUGUAUGUCGUUGAGCCAUCUGGAGUCUACUAUGGAUACUAUGGAGCUGCAGUUGGAAAGGGCAAACAAGUUGCCAAGACUGAAAUUGAAAAGCUUAAACUAUCAGAAAUGACUGUUCGAGAGGCAGUCAAGGAAGCAGCACGAAUCAUUCACACAGCUCACGACGAUGUCAAGGACAAGGAGUUCGAAUUGGAAUUGACUUGGGUUUGUGAAGAAUCCAAGGGUCGUCAUCAGUUUGUACCAAAGGACAUUGCUGAUGAGGCUGAGAGAUCGGCAAAGGCUUCCCUGAGGAACGAAAUGGAUGAAGACUAG